UCAUGAGAACCCUUCUAAAGAUCGUGAUCGCCUCAUCCUGCCUCACCUGGUCAUUGGGCUUCCAGAUGGGAUCAAGCCCGCUCACCCAUGCCAAGCUGCGAUCCCCUGCUACAUGCUCACCCAGACCCGCACUGUCAGUCAGACAUGCGGCUGUCGGGCUGCGCAUGGCAGGGCCAUGGGGACCCGACAAAGAGAAGCCGAAGGCGUCGAAAGAACUCAUGCAGAUCCGCUUCAGCCAGGUUGACGCGUCUCAGCUGAGAGAUUUCAUCCAGAAGUGGCCGAGAGGAACCUCCAAGGAUGGGUUUGGACUCCCCAAGCUCAUGCUCCCUGUGGCGAUCGAAACUUCUGACGGGGGUGUCAAGCUGGUAUGGAAGGGGAGCGAAGACCCUUGGAUUCAGAUCGAUCUGGAGGGCGACACUGUCCGCGUGUACCGCCAGUCCAUGAUGUCUGGCAGCUUCACCCAGGUGUCUGCGCUGAAGGAGAGGGAGGAGAAGAAGAUCUGCGACAAGCUGAAGCAGGAUCUUGAGAAGAGCAGCUACGGGAAGGGCAUGACAGAGAAGGAGAUCCCUGUGGUCCAGAUCCAAGAGCCCAAGGCUGAGGAGAAGCAGGAGGAAGUAGGAGAUGCUGAGGGUGCUGAGAAGGAUGCUCCUGCUAGUGGCCAGCAAUGAAAGGGCGGAGGAUGUGACAGCAGGUUUAUCCGUACACGACAAACUUCGAUUCUCAGUACCUUGUAAUCAAAUUGAAUCUUAAAGCGAUGUCAUCUGCAAA